UAGCGAGUGUGUACGAUACGUUGAGAAUAAUACACUAUCUUCAUCAACAGCCUUAGUUAUUAGUUAUGAGAGGUAAAAGGGAGCAUUCCCCAAGACGUGGGGACUCUGUCUGUCACAGGUCCUGUUCUUUAUCUACCAGGAAAGCAAUUAUACGAUUAAUUGUGGAUACCAUACUGUGGAUAAUUGUUGGCCUGCCUAUUCUGUUACUGUACAAGACGGGAACGCCAUAUCAUGCAGGAUUCUUCUGUGAUGAUCAGAGCCUCCGCUACCCCUACAAGAAAGACACCAUCCCUGACCCACUGCUGCUUGGCUUGGGUUUCUUCAUUCCUUUCUUUAUGAUGCUAAUGACGGAGGUAAUACGGUGCUUGUCAUCCAGGGAACGGAGUUUGGCUAACAGAGAUCUCCUAAUCUUCUUCAAAGGAGUAUGUGUAUUUGUUUUUGGAUUUACAGUCGUGGAGGUUUUCAUACAGGGCUUCAAAUUUUCAAUUGGCAGACCUCGACCUCACUUCUUCGAUGUUUGUCGCCCAAACUUCAGCAGUAUAAAUUGUUCAGAAGGGUAUAUAACGAACUACGAAUGUACCGGGACAGUUUAUAGUGCAAAGAUCAUGAGAGAGAGCAGAUUCUCCUUUCUGUCUGGACAUGCUGCCUUCUCAAUGUACGGAGCCAUAUUCACCAGUUUGUACCUGGAGAAGAGGGUGAGGUUGACAUAUUCCCUGGUCUUAAAGCCCGUACUCCAGCUAUCUUUGGUGGUGCUGUCCCUGGCUUGCUCCCUAACACGUUACUAUGACUACAAACAUCACGUGUCAGACAUCAUUGCGGGACUUUUACUAGGAGUUUGUACUGCUGUUUUCAUAUAUAAAGCCCUGGGUGAAAAAGCUCUACAGGAUAGUAACUGUAAACAAGUUACGUUGAAUCUCCCUCGAUUCGAAAAACCAAACAUGUCCGGUGAAGCCCGAACUCCGACCCCAUUACUGCUGCGACAGGAUUCAUCAUUUACGUCCGCGGACUCGAGGGACUAUUUGUGCAAUAAUGGACACAUAAGACGAACUGACAUUGUGUAGCAGAAUCAAUGUCGCUUUGUUUAUGGUAAUGCUCUCCUUAAGUUUAGUAAGGACAGCCAAUGAGUCACGUCACUUUGUUGUGACAAAUGUUCUCGUUUGGUGAACUGCUUAGGAAUUUGACGGAGAAGGACGUUUUGUCUGAAUAUCCCAAUACUGCGGGGAUAUCAGGAGACAUCCGUUGUUGUUCCAAACGACAUUUAAUGUUGUGUUCAGCAGCAUUUAUAUAUAGUGCAUAAAACAUAUCCGUCCAAUCUACCACAAAAAAGGCAUUUAUAGUCACACAGCUGGUGCCUUUCGUAGAAACUCUCUAUAAGAAUACAAAUGGCAGAAGAAACAGUUCUUCAUACCCUAUACAGCUCCCAUAAGUAAUGUGGGUGCAUCUAUGACUGACGGGAGUUGAGGCGUCGCAAACCACACAGGUAUAGAAGCGUUCAGUUACCUCUUGUUGGUAUAACAUGGCGCUUAAUGUGUUGUGACAACUAUAUAUUAUCAGGUGGGAACUUGAAAAGAUCCUGAUGAGAGCCUGAUAAUUGCUUAAGAAGUUCGGAGACUGGAAUUGAAUGAAAAAAGAUUAACAAGAUGAGAGCUUAUGGUUUCCCUCAGACGUAGACUGUACAUCUGUCAUCCCGUCCUAUCGACGGUGCUACGUCAUCUUUUUACCAAUUUUGAUUCAUACAGGAAUUCAUCUUACAAAACUUGUAUUUACGUCACCGAAAUAUCUACCUCAAAAUGAACUAUGUACUUGGUGAAUUAUAUAUGUUUUUGACUCGUUUUGUAUUCGUCAUAAUUUGUAGUAAAGCAAACGAUCUUAUGGAUACACUCCAUUUGAGUAAGUCGCUAAUAAAUAUUUCACAAAAUG